AUUCUGAUUAAUCAUUCGUGUAGUAAUCGUGGAAUAUCAUUUUAAAUGUUAAUGAUUUGCAGGAUCUUUAUAUUAUACUUCAUUAUUGAAUUGAUUUCGUCCCAACCGGAACCUGUUUACAUAAGCGAUGAUACUAAAGAUGUCUCCAUUCAACCUGAAACUAAUAUAACAUCACUUAGUCCGAUUAGGCUUCUAAUACUAUCAUUAGACGAGGUUAAAGUAAUGAGAUCAAUGGUUGACAAUUUGAUUACCAAACUAAAUAAUAUAUCACCUUCAAGUUCAGCUAAUAAGCCUCUACAUAAUGGAUUAUUAUCAAAUCUUUGCAUUACUUCUUAUAUUAUUGUAACACUUAUAUUAAUAUUUAGAAAAUACUGAUGAUACUACUAUCAAAGAUUAUGAAUAAUUUCAAAAUACACAUAUACAUUACAAAUGAGUUUUUUGUUAUUGUAUUGAACUACUUAUAUCCAUUAAAGUAGUAUAUAAAUGAUAAUCAGAAAUAGAAUGUAUUACAGUUGAAAGUCGUUAAAGGACAGAAAUGGGAACAGAAAGUAAUUGGUAUGACGAUGGGCUGAUAUUUGCAAAUGGAACAGUGAAGUUUGAGACAAUGGACUGAUAUUUCGGCAAAUGAAGUAUUUACUGUGUGGUUUUUAGAUUUUACUGAGAUAUUCUGUAAUUUCGUGUUCAAAUAUACUCGAUUGUCC